UCCCCAAAAUUUUCCCCAAAUUCUUCCUCCCAUCCGCGUGCCCUAACUUUACCCCAAAUUUCCCCCAAUUUCUUCCUCCCCUCCGCGUGAAGUCUCGUCGGCUUUCUCCCAUUUCUGACCGUCUGAAGUCCCGUCGCCACCACCAAUCCCCUCCUGCCCGUCCGUCGAAACCUUCUCCACCAACCCGUCGCCACCACCAACCCGUCGCCACCACCCCCGUCUUCUCCAAACCUCUCCAAUCAACCUGAAGCAACAAAAUCGUGGGCGUCAGUCGUCACCCCUCCCCUCCGCCGGAAAUCAAGGCCAAAGGAGAUGUCAUGGCUAUGGGCUGAAACCUUUUUCGCCUCUUUGCUUACUUGGAAUUUGAAUCCGUUCAUCGUGUUUUCUCCGUCUUCUUGUAUCGUUGUACACUGCCGCUUUAACGACGGUUUGACGUCCUUACUUUCUGAGAUUGGGCUGAAUAUUCAAGAAGCACAUGCUUUUUCAACAACAGAUGGCUUUUCCUUGGAUGUUUUUGUAGUUGAUGGUUGGGUAAUUGAGGAUACCAAGCAGCUAAAAGAUAUACUGGCAGAAGAAAUAUCAAAGAUUCAGAAAAGGCAUCCUCUAUUCACACCUUGCAUUUUCCAUACUGAGAAGCAAGAAAUUCAUAUCAUGAGAAAACUUCGGCACAAGAAUGUUGUCCAAUUUAUUGGUGCAUCUACCAGGCCUCCAAGCCUUUUCAUUGUUAUAAAGUACAUGUCUGGUGGAAGCUUACACGACUUUUUACAUCAACAAAAGGCCGUUCUUAGUUUUCCUUCCUUACUAAGAGUGGCAGUUGAUGUGUCGAAGGGAAUGAGCUAUUUGCAUCAAAAGAAUAUCAUCCAUAGAGAUCUAAAAGCUGCAAAUCUUUUGAUGGAUGAAUAUGGGGUUAUCAAGGUAGCUGAUUUUGGUGUUGCUAGAGUGCUAGCUCAAUCUGGUGUGAUGACUGCCGAAACUGGAACAUAUCGUUGGAUGGCUCCGGAGGUUAUUGAGCAUAAACCGUACGAUCAUAAAGCUGAUGUUUAUAGCUUUGAGAUAGUGUUGUGGGAGCUGCUUACAGGUUCAACUGGAGUCGACAACUUCAUGAGUUUUCUUUCAAAGAACAUUUCCAGAGACGAACAUUCUCGGUUGGUCGUUUAUGCUUCUGCAGAAAAUCUUGUUAGAUGUAUUCUAAUGCUAUUUAAAAUAUUUUUUGAUUAAGGGCUAGGAUUCCGUACAUGUGGAUUAUUGAAACUUGUAUUAAGAUGUACAAAUAUUAUAAAUUGUAUUAUAGUGUAUAUAUAUUAAAGUGUUGGCUAUUUUUUUGUACAUUGGUGUGAAACUUGUAUAAAUUCAAAUUUGUCAUUCUCAGCUACAUUAUUGUCAUUCAAAUGGUUCGUGUAAUGGUGGAGCUGCAUGGAGAACAUGAAAAAACUAUAGUAUAUCACAGUUUAAAACUGUCACGAUUGCAA